AUGGAGCUUUUGGGACAGAAUGAAGUGGAUCAUCACCAAAGAAAGGUUGCCAUCAUAAGCCAGGACAGCUUCUAUAAAAUACUCACACCUGAGCAAAAAGCCAAGGCCCUUAGAGGACAGUACAACUUCGACCAUCCAGAGGCAUUUGACACAGAACUGAUGCACCAAACGCUGAAAGACAUUGUCGAGGGCAGAGUCGUUGAAGUCCCAACAUAUGACUUUGUUACUCACUCCAGACUUCCAGAGAGCAUAACCUUUUACCCGGCAGAUGUCGUCUUAUUCGAAGGGAUUCUUGUUUUUUAUCCGCUGAAAGUGAGAGAAAUGUUUCAUAUGAAGCUCUUUGUCGACACCGAUUCAGACGUCAGAUUGUCCCGCAGAGUUCUUCGAGAUGUAAACCGUGGCAGAGACCUGGAUCAGAUUCUCACUCAGUACACAACAUUUGUCAAGCCUGCAUUUGAGGAGUUCUGUCUCCCGACUAAAAAAUAUGCAGACGUCAUCAUCCCAAGAGGCGUUGAUAAUAUGGUGGCAAUUAACCUGAUUGUCCAGCACAUUCAAGAUAUUUUGAAUGGUGAUAUUUGCAAAUGGCAACGUACAUCGAUCGGCGGCAGAGGAUUUAAAAGGGGCGUUUCGGAGCAGGGCAACUUACAGAACGGAACUGCUCCAGGAAAGAGGAUUCUGUUGGAACCGAGCAGUAGGCCGCACUGA